CGCUCCGCCGCCGGCCAAUGGCUUCAGCGGCGCGGAUGCGGCAGCGGCAGCAGCAUCCGUCCCGGCGGCAGCCAAUCAGAGGGCGCCGUUUCUCCGCCACAUCCAACCCGAAUAACUGCAGAUGCCCGCAUCAAAGCAGCGGGUCUCUCUCUCUCUCUAUGUGUAUUCUCUCUCUCUCUCUGCCAGGUUUUAUGCAUAGCUGAGGGACUAAGCUGCGUCUAUUUUUGGAAUACAUAGUGGCCAUUUUUUCCCUCUCUCUCUCUUUCUCUCGCUCCCUUUUUGUGUUGAUUUCGGGUUUUUCGACGUGUUGCUGUAUUUAUGUGUGAGGGGAGGCUAGCGGGACAUCAACAGCCGUGACCGUCGAUAUUUUCGCUUCUCAAUGGAAGACAUCUUUCCACUCGCUGUGAGACCGAAGCAUCCGGGCUUUGCAUCCCCAUCGACGAGCGAGGGACCGUUUCUGGAUGCAGAUCUGAGGAAGGAGGCAGCAGCAGCAGCAGCUCACCAGGGAGACGAACCUGUCGGCCUCUGACGCGGUGGGUUUGUGCCGUUUUCACGCCCUGGACGAGCUCCAAAGAGGGGGAACACAAUCUGACCGAGAAGAAGAUAAGAGGGGGUCAAGGCGUGAUACAUGGAUUUGACAAGCAGACUCCAUUAAUUAAGAGGUUCAACUUCCUCCAGAAGUGAGACGCUUUGGCCCUCUCAAAGCUCUUUGUCUAGACCAAUCAAAGAGCUUUUCCCCGCUGCUUCCCACUCCAUCCUCUGCUAAACCUCUCCAGUCGUCAUGGGUACGGUGCUAUCGCUGUCUCCCAGCUACCGCAAGGCAGCGCUGUUCGAGGACGGCCCGGCCACGGUGGGCCACUACACAGCCGUCCAGAACAGCAAGAAUGCCAAGGAUGCUGCCGCUGCGGCCGCAAAGUCCCUCAAACGCCCCUCCAUCAUCAGCGUGUUACCAUGGAAACGAAUCGUGGCCGUAUCGGCGAAGAGGAAGGGCUCCAAGAAGCUUCAGUCGGAGGGAGGGGAUGGCGGGAAAGGGAGCUCCCCAGACGGCCACGCUGCUGCCACGGCCAACUCGGCCUCCAACAGCCUGAAGCUGAAGAAGUCUCAGUCCUGCGCUAACCUCUCAUCUUACUCAUCCAGCCAGGACCCCUCAGCCACCACCACCACUACCUCCUCCCACCUGCCCACCUCCAAGACCCUGGCGAACGUAGCUACUGUCGUUGCCAAAAAGAAUUCCCUCACAGGCUCUGGGAUCCAGCCUUCCACUGCAGCUGGCACGCCAAAACGUGUCAUCGUCCAGGCCUCCACCAGUGAACUCAUGCGUAGCCUUGGUGAGUUCCUGUGCCGUCGGUGCUACAGAUUGAAGCGUCUAUCCCCGACAGAUCCGGUGCUGUGGCUGCGCAGUGUGGACCGCUCCCUCCUCCUGCAGGGCUGGCAGGAUCAGGGCUUCAUUACUCCGGCCAACGUGGUCUUCCUCUACAUGCUGUGCCGUGACGUGGUCUCGGCAGAGGUGGCCUCGGAGCGCGAGCUGCAGGCCUCGCUGCUCACCUGCCUCUACCUGUCCUACUCCUACAUGGGUAAUGAGAUCUCCUACCCACUGAAGCCCUUCCUGGUUGAGGCGGAGAAGGAGGCCUUCUGGGACCGCUGCCUGGAGAUCAUCAACCGCAUGAGCGGCAAGAUGCUCCAGAUCAACACCGACCCACACUUCUUUACGCAGGUGUUCGCUGACCUGAAGAACGAGAGCAAGAAAGAAGAGGAGAAGACCAAACUCCUGAUAGGCCUGGACCGAUAGGAGGGAGCUGGGAGGGGGGAAGGAAGAAGGGAUGGAUAGGAAGUUGAUAGGUUGAAGACAGAAAGACUAAUGUAAUGCAGUGUGGCUCUAUCUUUGAGCAGUGCUGUUGUCUGGCAUCUCUACUAGUUUAUGAUUAACCACAUUUCCUGUUCGUUACCCAGAAGAAAGACGUGCUGCGAUCAAACGCAGCAUUAAAAUCUUUUGAGCUGGGUAGUGAGUCACUUAAACUAAAACGGCUUUCAGGCAGUAAAUCAUCAGCAGUGUCUCGCCUGAAGGCAGCAGUUUUACCACAACAAAGCAGAUAAAACCAGGGCUGUUGUGUUGCCCACACCAUUAGCCACAUUAUCUGACAAACUGGAUCUGAUUAGAUCUCAAGACUGACAGCCUGCUUGUUGGUUUUUGAUUUCUAUGUUGCUUGGCUCAAGAUAACGAGCAGAAGUACCGUCAUUAGUUUGUCGGCAAUGGUGUUACUGAGAACACAGACAAAGAAAGCGAUGUUUUAUUGAAAUCCUGGCCAGCAGGGUUCAUGAUGUGACAUUAUCAGGCUGGGAGAAAGAGUUCUUUAUCCUUUCGAUCUUUUCCCUGAGGCCCUGACACAUGCAUCAGUCUGACCUGUACCUUGUUUUAGUGAGAUAAGGAAGGGAAUCUGAAAUCCCCACUGAGCUUUGAUAAAAACAAAUGGGGUCAGAGACGCCAGACAACACAGAUUUUCGUAAUUAAGGAUGAAUAAAUAUAUAUAUUUAUACAUAUAUGUAAACACAGAUGGGUGACAAAUGAGAAGAAAAAUCUGAAUAAAUAAGAAGAGAAACACAACACAACCAGAUCUUCCACACAGCGUGGUUUAGUUUGUAUGAAAAUGCUGAGCAGGACCUGAGGACUUCAGAAAAGGGUUUCUUGUUUGGGCACAGAUGGCAGGAGCUUCAGUCGCAAAGAUGGCUCAGCUGUCCGGUGCUUCAAAAAGAGCAUUGAUGAAGAAGACAUCUGCAUUUAGGUCUGUAGGAGAACACAUUUGACAGUUCAGUAGGUCUAAAACCACAGGCACUGAGAUGUGGAAACAAAUUAUGCAUGUUUGAUGUGCACCAAGAGAACGAUACAGGCCUGUGAGGAGAUCUGAUGGUUCUGUGGAAGCCAUUUUGUUGGCAUUGUUUGGAUUAGAUGGAAGAUUCAUGUGGUCAAGUGGUCUCUUCCAGGAUGGCAAUGCCUGCGUCCGUAGGACAUGAGAGGUCACUGAAUGGCUCGCUAAGUAGGAAAACACUGUGAAUAAUAUGCUGUGACCUUCCUAGUCACGAGAUCUCGACCCAGCUGAACGUCUAGGGAGAUCAGUAGUCUCUACCUAAUGAAAGAAUAUUUUAGAGGAAUGGUUUUUGUCCUUUCAGUAAAAGCUAAGGAGCAUUGAAGGUGUUCUGGCAGCAUGUGGUGGCUCAACACCGCACUAAUACACCUUAUGCUGGUUAUUCCUUUCACUUGUCACCCAUCUGUAGAGAUAUAGCUAUAUACAUAUAUAUAUAUCAAGCAUCCAGGCAUUUUUAUCUAUAGAGAAAUGAACCACGUUGCAUGAGGUCACUUCAUACGUCCUUGCACAUGACCACUUGCUUAUUGCCAACUCCCAUUUACCUUAUUCCUAUAAUCCUACCCCAGCUUAUUGCACUCAUUAAAAGUGGUAAAGUCCACUGUUGUACCAUAACGAGUAUUACCUAAUAACAUAACAUGGACGAGCUGGAGUCAACUAGUCUGCAAACUUGUCAGACGAUCAAAUUCACAUUCAUGUUUGGCAUAAUUGUACUGCAGUGGAUUAAUCCAGCUGCAUAUUAUAUAAAGUACUCGACCUUUAAGGGAACAUUUGGGUUUAUCUCGUCAAAUCUUCUCUGAAUUGGGAAACCAGCUAUGUAUUUUCAAGGGUUUCAAAUCCGUUUGGCACAUAUUAUUAAUAAUUAAAGAAGCGAUCCUACAAGCUGUUUACAUUUACAAACACUGGAAAAAUGGGAAAAUGCAAUACUGACCCCUCCAGGGCACAUUUUACACAUUUCUCUUACUCCGCACUUUCUCCUGCCGUCCACAUUGGUGCUGAAAGAAAGAAAGAAAGAAAGAAAGAAAGAAAGAAAGAAAGAAAGAAAGAAAGAAAGAAAGAAAAGAAAGAAAGUUUUUCUUUUUAAAACACUGCUCUCAUGUUGUGUGUGUCAUGCUGUAUGAAUGACUGGUGGUCAUGAGGACAUGUUCAGAGAGGAGAAGAUGAGUAGAUCACGUGAUCUCUCUGAGCCAAUGCCUGCCCACGUCAGAAUGAAAAGUAAAUGUGAUUAUAUUCCAGGUGUGGAAGGGCAGGGCCAGACGCUACAAGCGUAGAAGUGACUUUUCUUCAAAGACACGGCUUUGAUGUCGCCACUCGGCUCCAGAGACCUUCGCUGCUGUUUGAACUCCCCACACCCACCCACUCUGCUCAUUGCUGUCCACAGCAGUCAGGACAAACUAAUACAGCAUCGAUUCUUUCUGUCUCUCUGUCCAUCUGCUCUGGUCUGGUCUGAACAGGCCCCGUCCUGUUUGGUGCAGUCCGGUCCACAUUUAGAGACUCUCUGGUCUGCUGACCUGAUGGCUUACUUAUUCACUGAGUUGUUUGACAUGCAUGUGUGCUUCUAUAGGUUUCCUAGCAUGCUGCUUUGUGUUGGGCACACCGCAUCUCACGUUACUGAAGAGACUGAGCGGAUGCCACGCUGAACUGCUGAAAGCUAGACCGAGUGACAUGACAUCAAGGCGACUUGUCACAAGGAGUCUUCAGUGAGGGAAAUGUGGGACAGGUUAGUUAUAGCUGGGCUUUUGCUGCGGUACUUCAUCCGGAGUUGAAUUAAAUGAUCUUGCAUCCAUAGUGCCUACCAAGACUAAAUCUUUAAACAUUUGGAAAGACAGUUUGAGAUUAGAUUGGGUUUCUUAAAAACCCCUGGAUUCAUAGAGGAGUUUGGUUCAUCCUGGAUAUCAAAGGAGUGCUCCACCAGCUGCAUUUCCGUAGACUGGACAACUCACAAGAGACUCAUUUCAAAAACAUCCUACAUUGAAGCUCUAGAAAGGCUGGAUCCUGCAGUUCCUACUAGCAGCUGAAUCUGGAUCUAUCCUUGACCCCUUUUCCGUCAAUUGAAGUGUAUUUUUUCAAAUUUUGUAAAGAUCCUCAAGACAUGAUACAACUGUUCAUACUGGAAUAUUGGCAGAACUCCUCUUUAAGCAUAAUCGCAAGAUAAAUGGUGACCUUUUAAAACAUUAUCUUAGAUUAAAGAACACAUAGAUGUUCCACAUGUUCCCUCUUGAGAGAUUCUUUACCUUGAUGCCACGAUGUCAUAUCACCAAGUCUAUCCGUAGCCAACAAACUGUCUUCAAUUUUCAAAAACCUCUGCCUUCUUAGACAUGGCAGAGAUCUUGUGCCAUAUCAUUCUAAAGACUCAUUAUUUCAUACAAAAGAAGAAAACAACAAAAACACAAAGAAACAUGAGCCAACUCAGAGUCUCUUGACUGCUGAAGAAGAAGGACAAUAAAGGAAUCAUGAAUAAGCUUUUUCAUAAUGUUGCUACAUUGUGUACCCGAGACCGGAGAAAAGGGACUUUCUUCACACGGCAAGGACAUGGACGGUAUAACAGAACGCUUGUGAUUUUAAUACACAGUGAAGUUUUGUGUCACUUUGCAAAAUGUAUGCCAAAACUGGAGUCAUCCAAAGCUGGAGCAUUCAACAUUCUGCUAGUGAAGUAAUUUCUCAAAACUGAUAUUUGGCAUUCACUCUGAUAUUAUUAAAAAGAAGCUGAAGCAAAAUAUUAAAGGGAUUUUAGAAGCUGAAACAGAAUGUCAUGCCUCUUUCCAGACUGGGUGUCUCCACGAUGCAGGUGAUGUUUUAACUCUGGUUGUGUUUUGUGUUCAGAUGAUAACCGACCAGGCUGCAACGGGUACCAUGCUGUAAAGAAAAACAUGUAGCCUUGAUCCAGAGUCAGACCUCACAAGACAAAUAUGCACACCAAGAAUGAAUCCAUGGCAAACAAGCUUGUUUACACGUCCUUCCUCCUAGCUGUUUCUGAUGGGUUGAACAGUAGACAAGUAGCAAUUCUCUCAAUGGCAUUCCCAAUGCGACUGUUGCUUUUUUUUUUUUUUUUUACACAAUUUGUCGUACUUUAUGAUCCAAACAGCAAGAAGUAGAUGGAUCACUGCAAGGUAAAGGAUGAAAGGUGUGUCCAAAGGUUGCAAAUCCUCCUCUCUAUAGCAAGACAACUGAAAGAAAAGAGGUUAAAGUAACAGAAGAAGUUAGGUGUCAUCCAUAUUUAACAGAGGGAUGAAAAUCUAAAUCUAAAGGUUGUUCAGUCCCACAGUGCCUGUCAAGCUUUCUGUUGGCACACAGCAAAUACACAGUUAACAGUGAUAAAAGUGUCUAAUUUAUGAUCAAAAGGUGGUUUUUCAAAGUAGGAAAGGGGCAGGUACAAGGUGACAUUUAGAGGAACAGCUUGGUAAAACGACUCUUAGGUAGGUACUUUUGUCUCCCUUAAAAAUGGCCAAAAGUGCUUCUGUUGGAGUGUUUCCUGCAGUUGGAAUAUACCCAAACAGCUAGGUUGAGAUAAAAUGGCUAAAAUACAAGUUCCUGCAAUGGAAAACAUCCUAUUGUCAUUUUUUAGACAAUUGGUCCUUGAUCAGACUCAUGUAAAACAAAACACUUGUAGUAACAGCUAAUAAGCUAAAAUUGCAAGACUCUCUGGCUAGCCAAAGCUAGCUAAUGGCUAACAAAUAUGUGAAUGUGUUCUUGAUGGCAAAACAGGUAAUACUGUGUUGAAAGGCUGAGGCUAAAGCUAAGUUUUUUCAAAAAGCUAGUAUCCUCACCAGCUGAUGAAGCUUAAGAAAAAUUGUUCUUUUACUGAAUCUAAUCUAAUCUCUAUAUUUAAAUCUCAUCAGGAUAAAUGUAAAAUUGAACUUUUAUUUUUCAUUUUUAAUGUUAAGACAGUUAAAGUACGGCAUCUGUUAGCUAGGGUAGCGCCAGCUGUCGUUGGAGCGUAAACCUACACAAACCAGAGAAUUUGCAGGAUAGAGCUGCUAAUAUUACUUAUUGCUACAUGGUUUAGCUUCCAUACAGCAGGUAAAUACUACACAGUCAAUAUGCUAGUCAUUAGCGCAGCCCCGUAAGCUAAUGACUAGCACUGGCUGCUUGGCCUUGAAGUCAACACUGUUGGUCGUAAGAUAGCUAGCUGGAUAAGCUAAUGAUUGUAGCUUGCGUUAGAGUCAGUCAGUCUUCAUAUUUGCAAUUUUAAGAAGACACCAACCACCAAGGUCUUGAAAUAUGUGUAAUAAUGUGAAACUCAAAGCUUGACAGACUUGUUGUGGCACAGGUGAAUACUGACUGAAAAAUUAUUCUAUGAUGGCAGAUUUUAAUGAAUGGUUAUUUCUACUAGUUCUGCUUUAAAAAUGUUAAUUACCCCACACCUCCUUCACACACACACAGACUCACAUGUUGAAUAUUAUAUUCACAUUAUUCAGCACUGCGUGGAUGUCACAUUCUUACAGUCGAGGAGUGAUGAUCUAUUUCUCAAUGCGCAAAGUUCCCUGGAAAUCUUUCGUUCUUUCUGCUUCCUCCUGCUCUGAUCCUGUCAGCUGUGCAGGGACAGUUAAACCACAAUGAGAAGAAACCUGUCCUCUGAACGAACCUUCUUCUAGAAGUGGAGAGAAAAGUGUGGGUUGACUACACCCCCCUCCUAUACACACUCUCAUCAUCGAUCAACUCAUUACUAUGUGCCAUAUUUUAUCUUGCAACACGUACAAGACAAAAACUAUCGUGUAACAUAUGACGCUUCUAAUGACGAUGAAGUCGGUUUUCCUUCCUUUUCAUUUGUGAAUCAUAUUGUGUAAACAAGAAUCUUUGUUGAACAAAAUUCAAGGCUACUAGUGUUACUAGAGUGCUGAUGCUGCAAUCUGUUACUAUGUGGAUGUAUGAAUAUGUAUGUGAGAAAUAAGAAUAAUUUGAUCAACUGUUACAGGUACUUUAUAUAAAAACCUUUACAAGCA